GUUUUCUCACCACCGACGGGGACUCUGAAGGCUUAAUUUUUUUCGGGCAGCAGCGACUCUCCGGCGUAGGUUUUUUCACCAUCGACAGGGAAGCUUCGUUUUCCUCUUCUGCAAUUUCGUCGGAGGGCUUUGAAUCAUAUCAACCGCACCGCCCCCGGAGAACGAGGACGAGGAGGUCACAGUAGCGAUGUCAUACGAUGAUGUGGAAAUUGAGGAUAUGGAGUGGAGCGAGGUGCUCCAGGCUUACACUUACCCGUGCCCCUGCGGCGAUCUCUUCCAGAUAACGAAGGAGGAUCUGCGAAUUGGCGAGGAAAUUGCGCGCUGCCCUAGUUGCUCGCUUUACAUAACCGUAAUUUACAACAUGGAAGAUUUCCAGGACAAGUCCUGCAAAAAAGUCGAGCCGCAGCCAGUCGCCGUCGCUUGAAAAUUCUCAGUUUUAGAGACAAGAUUCUUUAGAUUGGAGCUGAAAAGAGUGAGAUUUGGUCCCCUGUGAAUCCAUUGAUGUCAAGUUUGUUGUUUAUUAACAAUUAUUGAUUAACUUUUCUUUUCUUUUUUCUCACUUGUAAACAGACCAUUGUGACUUUUCUCUCAAGCAACUUUUAAAUAGUGAACAACAUGAACUAUAUUUGUCAAUUUUACUUUGUUUUAUAGUUCCCUUUUGUGAUUUAGGAAUUCAUUUCCAUAAUUCCAUUAUAGUUUGGUUCAAACUUUUUCAAU